AUGGCGUCCCGUACGAAGAAAGAGCUGCGAACACGGAGCGGCUGCCGGAAGUGCCGAGAGCGGCGGGUUAAGUGCCCAGAGCAGCGCCCUAUAUGUGGACACUGUAGAAGACUGGGUUUCGCUUGCCGGUACGAGGUCAAAUUAAGCUGGCAACAUGUCAUCUUAUCUAAGGAGUACGACGGCUAUGUUCCACGGGGACUACCUGAAGACCUCAUGUUCUCUAUUGAAAGUUGGAUGUUCCUGAAUAUAGUUCAGGCUGACUUCAAUUCACACAAUGCUCAAACAGGCUUCAAGGACGAAGUAGAUUUCCCUUCUACCCGGGUUACAGACAUCCAACCCGAGGUAAACAUACUUGCACCAUACCCUCACUGCCUUUCUCCAUUUCGUAUGGGAGAAGCCGAGGGUUAUCUCUGGAGUUACUUCAACGACUGUAUGACUCCACAGAUCGUCAUAGACCCCAGCUUUAACCCGUAUAGAGAUAUUAUUUUAAGGAUGGCAACUUGUUCCCGAAAUGGGCCUCUAUUCCAUUGCGUGUUAGCUGCCGCUGCAAAUCAGUUGCAGAGUACCGGCCGCAACGAAUAUGAAAAUGUCAUGUGGCUUCACAGAGCCAAGGCACUACGCCUCCUGAGGACCUCUGUUAGUCACUUAGUUUUAGAAGAAGCGUACGAAAUGAGUUGUGAUACUUCUAAAGACCAGAUCAUUGCAUCGACUAUCAUGCUAACCUUCUUCGAAAUUUCAAAGGACUGCUCGGAUUCAUGGACGGUGCAUGCCGACUUUGCGCGUAGUUUUCUGUCCUCUCGUCUGAAAGACUGUGGUAGUCUGAAUACAGAGCAGGAGGCCCUACUCUAUUUUGCUGUGACCUACUUCGUAUCGCACGAUAUCUUAGCGGCAACUGGGGGCACACUUAUGGAAGCGACUGAAAUGGUUACUGGAAUGUGCAAAUCGGUGGAUAAGUCAACUGUCCUAGCACUAACCGGUUGUUCAAGAGACCUGCUCAUCCUAAUUUCUGAAAUUAACCAGAUGAGUUCUCUAGUCGGAGAGUCAGAUUGGAAGCAACUUCCAUCCUUGAUACAACAACGUCGGGACAACGUCGAGAGGCUUCUUCACCAAUUGCACCAAGAUGUCCCUGAAGAAUUCGGAUCAUUUCAAUCCGAGCUUGCUAUCGUUGCUGAGGUAAAGCGACUGGCGGCUAUCUUAUAUCUCUAUUCGAGAAUCGAUGGCGCUGGGCCGCACGAACCACACAUGGUCCGAGUGACCUCCCAGAUUCUAUCUCUUAUCCCUAAAAUUUCCCUCCGCACCCAUACGGGUCUUUGGCCUCUAUUCAUGGUAGCUACAUUAGGCAUCCGCCCGGAAUGCGAUGAAGACAGGAAGCUGCUCCUGGGUCAACUCGCUGCGCUUCAACAAACGAGGCAACUGGCGAGCGUGAAGAAAGCCAGAUUGAUCAUCGAAGACGUAUGGAAAUCUCGAGACCUACGGCCCAAUGAAUCCCAAGGGUGGAGUAUUUUACAAGGGAGGAGACAUGGUGCUAUCAGCUUGGCAUAA